AUGGCGGAUCGAAUUCGCGUGUUGAACGCGAUCGCAGCGGUGGCUAUCGUGGUGAUUCUUUAUUAUGUGGGUCGGCCGCUGUACUGGGAGGUAGAAGCGAGGAUGCAGGAGUACCGCGAGGGGUUCUCGGACGCCACUGCCGCUGGCACGACGGUGACAGCAGCACACGGAGGAACCAUUCGGCCCGUCGGUAACGCGCGAGUCGCACGUCCCUCUCUCGCCAUGCGUGCAGGGCUGGAGGCAGCAGCGCUGCAGGGGCUGCCCAAGGAGGCGUCCAUGGCGCUCAUGGCGCUGGACGUGGUGGACCCCGACGCCAACACGCCCGCCACCCCCGCUGCUGCACACCACAGCCCGGCGGGAUCAGGUGCAGCAGCAGAAUCAGCUGGAGCGACAGAGUCGGGAGGGGCAGACGAGGCAGGAGCAGCAGAAGGAGAAGUAGGGGCUACAGAAGAGGCAGGAGCAGCAGGGGCAGCAGGGGCAGCAGGGGCAGCAGGGGCAGCAGCGGAAGCAGGGGAAGCAGGGGCGGGGGGCAAGCAGGAACCCGCAGGCGCAUCAGGAGUAUCCCUGAAUCUCCCUACAGACACCCCUGAAGCAUCGACUGCUGAAGAAGUGGCUGCAGGCGCCACCUCCACCGAAUCAUCUGGGGCAGGCGCGUCUGGAGCAGGCGCAUCUGGGGUAGGCGCAUCUGGGGCGGGGCCAUUCGCGACUGGCGUGCGGCCCAUCCUGCACGAGGGCAGGCCGCUGCUGGCCGCCCUGAAAGCGGCAAGCAGCAUCGCCUCAGAGAGGCCGUGGCGUUGA